AUGAGUGAUAGAAGACGAUUAUUGGGACCUUCAGGAAUGAUAAUCCCCAACAUUCCAAAACAACAACAAAAAUCUAUCAUCACCACCACCACCACCACUUCCACUUCCACUAUUCCAUCAUUUUUUCUUAAACAUUCGAUAAUUGAUAAUGCUAAUGGUUCAGCAUAUUUAGAAAUCAAUAACACAAUCAUUGAAGUAUCAAUAUUUGGUCCACGUCCAAUCAGAGGUUCAUUCAUUGAUCGAGCUAGUGUUUCUGUCGAUUGUAAAUUCUUACCCCAUAUAAUUCAACCCAUGGGCAGUAUCUUUAACGACACUACUACUAGUGGUGGUGGUGGUGGCAUUUCUAGUUCUAAUAGAGGUUAUCGUACGGGGAUGAAUAAUAUUGAACAUAAAUUGAGUUCAUAUUUAGAAACUUGUGUAUUAUCAAGUUUAAUUUUAGAAAAAUAUCCAAAAUCAACCAUUGAUAUUCAAGUAUCAAUAAUUAGUAUCGAUAAAGAAAUUGGUGGUGGUCAUCUGUUGCUUUGGUUAUUACAAUGGAUAACUUGCUGUUGUAGUUUAGCAUUAGUUGAUUCCGGGAUUGAAAUGAAAGAUAUUAUAAGUAGUGGACAAGUUAGACUUACAAAACUGGGAAAAAUAAUAAUUGGUGGAAAUAGUGAUAAGACCCUGACUGAAGAUGGAAUUGAUGGAUUGGUAAGUUUUAUGAAUUUGAAAAAUGAUGAAAUUGUGGGAAUUUGGUUUGAAGGUGAAGGUGAUGAUAAUAAUAACGAGGAUUCUUUAUUAAAUGAAUCAAAUAUGGAAAAAUUAAUCAUUGAAUGUAAUAAAAUGUCGAAAAUAAUAAGAGCUAAUCUUAAUUCUUAUUUAAUAAAUUCAAUGUAA